GAAAAUCAAUGGUUGGAAAGGUUGAUGCAGCAAUAGGUUGGAUUGUCCACUCAAUUCUCCCUCUUUUUCUCCGAGAAGUCUAAGGAAAAAACUUACAUUUUCGUUUUGCUAGUUUCCAAACAUGGGUAGUCAUGAUCUCUUCUUGUUUUCUUUGGUUCCAAAACUGCCUCCUCCAAUGAGGAGUCCUUCAAUCUACUGAAGGUUCCCCUCAGCUCCUACGCCAAUUUUGCCUCAUUUGCAAUUUUCUUGAAACCCCCACGCCUAGAGGCAACUUCAACGACAACUCUUCCAUUCAAAAUACAGAGUUUUCGGGAAUUUCUAGAUUCGCAAUCCUGGCGAAUAACAUGAAUUGUUUCCCUUGUUUCUCAACACAAAAAGGCAAAAAAGAAAACGGUAAAAGGGAUCAUGACUCUUCCGCUGACGAACUUAUUCGAGCCAGAAUACUUGCUAGUAUGGAGGAGAACCAAGCAGAGCAUGCGAAAAUUGCAGCUCAAAGAUUCAGUUUCCGAGAUCUAGCCGCUGCAACCAAGAAUUUCCGUCAAGAAUGCUUGCUGGGUGAAGGUGGUUUCGGAAGAGUUUACAAGGGAACUCUUCAGGCUAAUGGCCAGGUGGUUGCUGUGAAACAACUCGACAGGAAUGUAAUGAAAGGAUGCAAGGAGUUUCUUGUAGAGGUGGCGCGACUGAGCCUCUUACAGCAUGCAAAUCUAGUUAAUCUCAUUGGAUACUGUGCUGAUGGAGAUCAGAGGCUGUUGGUUUAUGAUUUCAUGCCUGGGGGUUCCCUUGAAGAUAAUCUACUUGCUCCCAAGGAUGAAGAGAAGCCACAAUUAGAUUGGUUAACCCGAAUGAAAAUAGCAUAUGGGGCAGCUCAAGCUCUAGAGUACUUGCACGAUAAGGCCAAUCCUCCUGUAAUAUACCGUGAUCUCAAGUCCUCAAAUGUUUUGUUGGAUGAAGAAUUCAACCCCAAACUGUCUGACAUUGGACUGGACAAGCUUGACCACUCAUCAGAAAAGAUGCCAAUGCAAUCGAGGGGGAUGGGGACAUAUGGCUACAGUGCUCCAGAGUAUUCAAGAUCAGGUAGACUCACAACUGUUGCGGAUGUAUACAGUUUUGGGGUGGUUCUAUUGGAGCUUAUCACCGGAAGAAGAGCCAUUGACACUACCAAACCUGUGGAGGAGCAAAAUUUAGUUGCUUGGGCUCAACCAUUGUUCAGGGAACCAAAAAAGUUCCCAGACAUGGCAGAUCCUAAGCUUAAGAAGCGAUUCCCAGAAAGGGGUUUGAAUCAAGCAGUUGCAAUAGCAGCCAUGUGCCUGCAAGAUGAAGCUGCUGCCCGUCCUUUGAUGAGCGACGUGGUGACGGCAUUGAGUUAUCUUUCAGUUGCCUCGGAAGAGAAUAAAAUUCCUCCUGCUCUCCCUCCUUCUAUCUCAUCUAAAUUGCAUUGCAUCUCAGCUAAGCUGAGUAGGGAGUGUGGUGGUGGUAAUCAGGAGAUGGUGGACGAGCAAGGUGAUCAUUCCCAAUCGGAUGCCGAAUUGGACGUUAAUGAUCGAAGUGAGAAAGAAAGUGUUUCUUCCCCCAGCAGUAGCAGCAGCAACGCCAAACCUCAACCUCAUGAAAAAAAGCGCCUUUGACUCAUGAUUCUAUACAAUAACAAUAAUGAUAUAAUAGUAGAAGACGAUGACGACAGUGAUAAUGGAAGUGGCUCUUCCAUAGAGGGAUCUAAGCAGGAAGCUGGGGCUCGGUUCAUGAUGAUUGUUGUGGAGUAAUCCAUAAACUAAAUGCCAAUCUUAACGUACUUUAUAGCAAGGAUUCCCAAAUACGGUUUGCUUCGUAGGUCCAGAACAAGCUGAAGAAGUUGUUCCUUUACCUUAAACAAUUGCAGAGAUUUCUUUUUAUCUGAAUAUUGUUUUCUUCUUUCUCCAUGUCUUUAUUUCUGCUUUUGUCUUCUUUUGUAUCAAACCAUUGAAGAGAGUAAGAGAUCAAACUGCCACGGUCGGCGGUUGCAAUUUUUCUUUUUACCAUUACAAAA